AUGGGAUCAAGCAGACUCUUCCCCGUCCCCUCGGGCUCAGUCGCGACGGUCCGCAUCAUCGACAGCACGACGUCGAUCAAAAAGCUGCCAACGAAGUUUCUCAUGACGCCGCCGAUGGUGGGGAUGGAAUUCAUGCCUGACAUCCCAACUUGGUCCUUUCUGGUUGAAAGCGAUACGGGUAAAAAGGCGCUGUUCGAUCUCGGCGUGCCGCCGAAUUGGAAAGAGUUCUCACCUGUGGUCACUAAAAGGUUGCACGAAGCUGAUUGGGACAUCUCGGCGCAGAAGCAUGUCGAGGAGAUCUUAAGGGAUCAUCAGGUCGACCCUGCUGAGAUUAAUUGUGUUGUUUGGAGUCACUGGCAUUGGGACCAUCUGGGCGACCCGUCGACUUUCCCAUCGAGCACUGAACUCAUAGUCGGGCCGGGUUUCAAGGACGCAUUCUUCCCCGGCUACCCAGCAAAGGAGGAUUCUCCAGUUCGAGAAAGCGAUUUCAAAAAUCGUAACGUGCGUGAAAUCAACUUUGAGGGUCCAGAAGUCCUACAGAUCGGGAAAUUCCGCGCCAUCGAUCUAUUCGGCGAUGGUUCAUUCUAUUUACUUGACACUCCAGGCCACGCCGUGGGCCACCUAGCCGGGCUGGCGAGAACAACUCCGGACACAUUUAUGUUCUUCGGAGGAGAUCUGUGCCAUCACGGAGGCGAGAUUCGGCCCUCCCAGCAUCUGCCUCUGCCGGAGAAAGUCCACCUUGAUGCCUUUUCUCAUUUCAUGGGCGGGUUCUGUCCCGGUGCGGAGCUUGAAGCGCUACAGAAGAGUCGCGCGAGGGCAGUCAACGAGCCUUUCUUUGACCCGAAUAUGGGACUGGACAUCCCUCUGGCUAUUGAGACAAUCAAGAAGACGCAGGAAGCGGAUGGGGAUGAUAAUGUUCUCUUCGUUUAUGCUCAUGAUGGCUCCUUGCGUGGGAAUGUUGACCUGUUCCCACUUAAGGCGAAUGACUGGAAGGAGAAGGGAUGGCGGGGGAAACUCCUGUGGCAUUUCUUGGGAGACUUUGAAACUGCUCUGAGGCAGAAACAAGAUAAACUCUAG